ACUACGAGGGAGAAUGUUAACAUGUGCCCUUAAGGGCACAUGUUAAGAAGAUAAAUGUGGAAAAAAUUUAUUGAACUUGUGGUGUAUUCAAUUAUCUAAGCAUUAAAUUCUUGGUAUCAUUAAAUGCUAUAUUUCUAUUUUUAGGUAGCUUACGAGUAAGGUGAAAACGGUUGAUUCCCAGAAAAAAGAGUUGCAACGCUCGAUUUUGUGUUUGUUUCAGUUUGAAUUCCAAUUCCAAAGUAGCGAGUAGCGAGUGAGUCAACGAUCAGUUGAAUUGAAGAUAGAAUAAUGGCGAUGGCCGGUUUGUAUCGCCGCCUUCUUCCUUCUCCACCUUCCGUUGAUUUUGCUUCUUCUCAUGGCAAGCAACUUUUUCUUGAAGCAAUUCAAAACGGAACAAUGGAAAAUUUUUAUAGAUUGGUCUCUUAUUUUCAAACUCAAUCUGAACCUGCUUUCUGUGGACUCGCCAGUCUCUCCAUGGUUCUCAAUGCUCUCGCCAUUGAUCCUGGUAGGAAAUGGAAAGGACCUUGGAGAUGGUUUGAUGAAUCCAUGUUGGACUGUUGCGAACCUUUAGAAACAGUCAAAGCCAGAGGUAUCUCAUUUGGGAAACUAGUAUGCUUAGCUCAUUGUGCUGGAGCAAAAGUUGACGCCUUUCAUGCAAGUCAGAGCAGCAUAAAUGAUUUUCGUAAAUAUGUCAUUAAGUGUUCAACUUCUGAUGACUGUCAUGUAAUCUCAUCAUACCACAGAGCUGCUCUCAAACAAACGGGAACCGGUCACUUUUCUCCUAUUGGAGGCUAUCAUAUUGGAAAGGAUAUGGCACUAAUUUUGGAUGUUGCACGUUUUAAGUAUCCUCCCCACUGGGUUCCACUUAAACUUCUUUGGGAAGGCAUGAAUUAUGUUGAUGAAUCCACUGGACAAUCCCGGGGGUUCAUGCUUAUAUCGAGGCCGCAUAGGGAACCUGGCAUGCUUUAUACUCUGAGUUGCAAACACGAGAGUUGGAAUAGUAUUGCGAAAUUCUUAAUGGAUGAUGUCCCUGUUCUAUUAAAAUCAGAGGACGUGAAAGACAUUCAUAAGGUUCUUUCAGUUAUCUUCACAUCACUGCCAUCUAAUUUUGAAGAAUUCAUCAAAUGGGUUGCAGAGAUCAGGAGACGAGAAGAUGGCGAUUCAAGUCUAAGUGCAGAGGAGAAAACAAGGCUCGCUGUCAAGGAAGAGGUAUUGCAACAGGUGCAGGAAACUAUGCUUUUCAAACACGUGUCCUCUUUUCUGUCAAGUUCUUGUGGCAGACAAACAGUUACUUCAGGUGAUGGUGACACCUUACCUGUCAUUGCUGCAAGUGUUUGUUGCCAAGGAGCAGAAAUUUUAGAUGGAAAACUUAGCUCACCGGCGGCAGCAUAUUGCUGUCCAGAAACAUGUACAAAAUGCUGGAAAGCUGAAGAUGAUAAAUCAAUAACAAUGGUUAGUGGGACUGUGGUAAAUGGUAACACUGAGCAAGGGGUUGAUGUUUUUAUUCCUUCAUCUGGGAAAUUAUGUUGCACUUGCUCGAGUAAAAAGAACAUUAGUAUGCACCCAGCUAGCACUGAUGUGCUAACAGUGCUUAUUCUGUCCUUACCAUCUACAACAUGGGCUGGCAUCACCGAUGAGAAGCUUUUGAGGGAAAUACAUGACUUGGUAUCAACUGAAAAUCUUUCUACUUUGCUUCAACAAGAGGUUCUGCACUUAAGAAAUCAGCUACAUAUUCUGAAGAGAUGUCAGGAGGGCAAGGUAGAUCAGGAUCUCGGUGCUCCUUCCUCUUAGCAUCUCUCAUAUAUUUAUAUCAUGUUUAAAUUCAUCACGUUCACAGGAUCUGCUUCAACUCACAAUGUUGUCGCAAAAAUACAAGUUUCUAAACACACGCUUAAUCAUCCAUAUAGAGUCUGAGCUUGUAAUGUAAGCCAGAGUAUUGAAAAUAUAAAUUUAUGUUACAGAACAUGAAACACAUUCAAUUUAAUUUAUUUUAUAA